AUGGCCGCGGCAAUGGAUGACAACUAUUUUAGAGAAAAUGGUCUUACUACUGAUACGACUGGACAUAUUAUGGCUUCACCAUCGACAACAUCAAAGAAAAAUGAUGUCGAUGAUGUACCUGAUUACAAUGAAGCUUUUCCGCAAUUAAGAUCUGCUGGACAAGUUGAUGCUAAUCGUUCAAAUACAUUUUUCUCAACAGCAUUUCCAACAUCAUCAAAUGGAAAUAAUUCAACAGGUGCCAUGGCUAAUACAACAACAUCAUUACAUUCAUCAGCCAAAACUGAUGAAGAACGACGACGUAAAAUGGCUAUUCACGCAUCAUCAGCCACAACUAAAAUUAUUGAAAUUCCACCAGAUGAGCGUGCUACGGAAAAAUCGGAUCCUCGUCGUGGUGGUAACCAAUCAUCACGUAAUACUGGUGCUACUUCUACUAAUGCACAAGCAUUACAAAAACUUUGUAUGCGUAUUCAAAAGGAAACAAAUACAGCUCUAACAUCUUUUUACAAAGAUCAAACAUUAAUUGUUCAAAUAACCGGUCGACCUGAACAAGUUCGUGCAGCACAAGUUCAACUUCUUCGUGAAAUUCAAAAACCUGUUAAACUCUCCGUUAAUAUUCCAUUGGAUUUUCAUCGUUUUAUCAUUGGUUCAAAAGGUUCAACAUUAAAACAAUUAGAACAUGAAACACAAACACGUAUUACAGUACCAGGAAAAGAUAGUCAAUCGAAUGCAAUACAAGUUGAAGGUGCAAAAGAUAAUGUUAAAUUAUGUGAACAACGAAUUCUUGAAUUAUAUCAGACACAAUUAAAUAAAGGUUUUGAACGUUUAUCGAUUCCUUGUUUAUAUCAUCCAUGGGUUCGUUAUCAACUUGUUGAUGAUUUACAUCGUCAAUAUAAUGUAACGAUUGAUUUACCACCACCAAUUAAACAAACAGAUGAAAUAAGUGUACGUGGUGAACGUGAACCAGUUGAACAAGCUAAAGCUAAAAUUUUACAAUUCUAUAAAUCUUUGGAAGGAAAAAUUAUGACAUUUCCAUUGGAAAUUCCAUGUGAACAACAUCGAUUUAUUUUAGGUAAAAAGGGUGCUGGCUUAAAAGAAAUAUUUGAUAAAACAAAUGUUAUUGUUCGUAUACCCAAUCAAGAAGAUAAUUCACCAACAAUUCAAGUUAUGGGUGAAACAGCUAAAAUUGGUGAUGCUAUUACAAUGAUAUACAAAAUGGCUAAUGCAGUAAGUGUUGUACAAAUCAAUGCACCACGUUGGAUGCACGGAGCUGUUAAAGGUGAACGUAAUAGUCAUCUUGAAAAUUUUCGAAAAAUUCAUCCAGAUGUUCGAAUUUUCUUCCGGGAUGAACAUAUUUCAUUGGAAGGACCACCAGAAGAAGUUGAACGUGUUCGUAGUACAAUUCAAGCAGCUAUUGAUGAAUUAAAAAAUAAGAAUACAACUUAUGGUGAACUUGAAAUUGAUCCACAAUAUUAUAAACAAUUGAUUGGAAAAAAUCAAGCACGUUUACUUGAAAUGCAAGAACAAACAGGUUGUGAUAUUAAAUUUCCAUUUGACGAAGGUCGAAUGGUUAAAUUAAUGGGAACAAAAGAAAGUGUGGAAAAAGCACGACAAUUAAUAACUGAACGAGCUAAAAAAUUGUCAACUGAACUUACAACUGGUGUAAGUAUUGAUCCACAAUAUUAUCCACAAAUAAUUGGUGCUAAUGGUAAAAAUUUAGAUGAAGUUCGUUCGAAAUUUCAUAAUAUUAGAAUAACAUUUCCUGAUGCAAAUGGUAAAAGUGAUAAAGUUAUGUUACAUGGUGAUAAAGAUGAUGUUGAAAAAUGUACGAAAUUUUUACAACAAAAAGUUAAAGAUCUUUAUUCAGUUGAAAUUGAUGUACCCAAACGUUUAUAUCCAAUGUUAAUUGGUAAAGGUGGUGCAAAUAUUCAACGUUUACGUGAAAAAACACCUGAUGUUCGUAUUGAUAUUCCAUCACUUGAUGAUACAAAAGAAUCAACACAUAUUCGUUUAAGUGGUAAAAAAGUUGAUGUUGAUAAAGCACGAACAGUUCUUGAAGAACAUAUUACACAAAUAAAUACAUCAAUAGAAAAUUCAAUUGAACAACAUAUGACAAUUGAUCCAAAAUGGCAUAAUAAAUUCUUUCAAAAUAAACGUAAAUUAUUAACUGAUUUACAACAACAAUAUGGUGAUAUGUUAAUUAAAUUACCUGAACGUAAUGCUAAUUCUGAUCAAGUUUUAUUACGUGGACCAAAAGAAACUAUUGAACAAGUACGAAAACGUUUAGAAGAAUUAACUGAUACAUGGGAAAAUACCAUUACAAAAGAAAUGUCAAUUCCACAUCGUCAUCAUGGUUAUUUACUUGCUCAAGGUGGUGCUUAUAUUCAACCAAUACAAAAAGAAUAUAAUGUUCAAAUUAAAUUUCCACCACGAGGAAAUAAUCAAAAAGAUGAACAAGAAACAACAAAAGAAACAACAAAAGAAACAACAAAAGAAACUGAAACAACAACAACAACAACAACUGGUGAUGAAACUCAAAAAGAUAUUAUUCGUUUAACAGGUCGUUCGGAUGAUAUUGAUAAAGCUAUGGUUGCAUUAGAAAAAAUGAUUCCAGUUGAAACUACAGUUGAUAUUCCAUAUGAUACUCAUGGUUCAUUAGUUGGUAAAGGUGGAAGUAAUCUUCAAUUAUUAAUAAAACAAUAUCCUGAUGUUCAAAUAACAUUUCCCAAAGCUAAUUCAGCGGUUGAUACAAUUCAAUUAAAAGGUCAACGUGAACAAGUUGAAGGUGCACGAAAAGAAUUACUUGAAUCAUAUGAAAAAUUUCAAGCUGAUCGACAAGCACGUUCAUUUGCAAUUCAUUUUACAAUUAAACCUGAAUAUCGUUCAUUAAUCUUUGGCUUCCGUGGUAAAACAAUAAAUAAUUUACGACAAAAAUUUGAUGUUAAAAUUGAUGUUAAAACUGAUGUUGCAAGUAAUCAAGUACCAUCAUCAGCUGUUGUACCAACACCAUCAACAACAAAUGAUGAAGAAACAACUCCAACAACUGAACAACUUGAUGAUCAACAAGCAACACCACAAGAUAAUCUUCCAUUACCAACUGAUACAACAACAUCAAAUCAAUUAUCUGAUAUUGACAUUACCAUAACUGGUUAUGAAGAUAAAGCAAAAGAAUGUCGUGAUGAAAUUUUACGUUUAAUUAAAGAUUUUGAAUCGAAAAUAACAAUGGAAAUUGAAAUUGAUUCACGUAUACAUGCUCGUAUUAUUGGUUCAGGUGGAUCAAAAUUACAAGCAAUUAUGAAAGAAUAUGGUGUCGAAAUUAAGUUUCAAGCUAAUAAUAAAAGUGAUAAAGUACAUGUUGUUGGUUUAGAUCAAGACAAAAUUGAUGCUUGUAUUGAUCAUUUAUUAGUACUAGAAGAAGAUUAUCUUGGUGAUCUUCCAUAUCGUACAGGAGCUGCUACACAAAACCAAAAUGAAUUAACAUUAGGUCAACAAUUAACGAAUACUCAACAACAAGAAGUACCAUCGACUAAUAAUGUUAAAUCAUCUAAAAAUGAUAAAAAACAACGACAAGCACCAUUUCUAGUUAAAAAUGCACCAUGGACAAAUGGUAACGAGCAUGAGAAUGAACAUCAACAAAAAAAUUCUUCACGACAACGAAAUGGACAUGAUAAUUCACCAAAAAAAUCUGCACCAGCUCUUAGUGAUUUAGGUGAAUUUCCAACAUUCAGUAAUGGUCUCUCAAAGGAAACCGAGGUUGAACCAUCACAAGUACAUUCAACAACAGUGAGCUCAAUACCAGUCAUGUGGGGUCCUCCAAAACGAAAUAAAUAA